ACUUUGUGGUUUUCAUUUUAAAUCCCUGUAACUGACAGAAAGGAAACAGACUACACGUAGGGACAUUUCUUGUGACAAACUGUUUUUGGCAGACGAGGGCAGACUCAUGCACAAUGGCAGGAUCAGACUGGACUUGUAGUCUCUCCGCUAUGCAUGAAUGGGAGUCUCCAGAUUACGAGCCGUCACUUCCUGUUUCGGAGAAGUCCAAUCCCCUGACGCGCGACAUCGACCGGGCUUCAGCCAAAUGUAUAGUGAGGAUGUUACAGGCCUGUGACGCCCAGAUGUUUCAAGAAGAGACGGGAGCCACAUACCAGAGGCUUUUGAGUGAACGAGUGGUGGAAACAGUGGUGGAGGUUGCUAAGAGGGUGCAGCUCGUUCUCAAGGAUCCUCAGGACAGCCUUGUUGUACUGAGUGGCUGUGGGACUUCUGGUCGAAUGGCUUUUCUCAUCACGUCAGCUUUCAACAGAGCAUUGAGGGAGCUGAACCAGAGUUCGGUGUAUUCGUACAUCAUUGCAGGAGGAGACAGAGCUCUGCUAUCUUCCCAGGAAGCUCCUGAAGAUGACCCCAAACUGGGCAUGCUCAGUCUGAAGAAGGUCUGUGAGGGGAAGAAGCGAGUCUUGUUCAUUGGUAUUUCCUGCGGAUUAUCUGCUCCAUUUGUGGCAGGUCAGCUGGACUUCUGCCUGCAGCACCCUGAGGUUUACACUCCUGUGCUGGUUGGCUUCAAUCCUGCACAUCAGGCCAGGGAUGAGCCCAUGCCAGGCUGCACGUUCACUUUUCGCAGUGUGGUUCAAAGGAUGCAGGAGCUUGCCAAAAGUCAAAAGGCCUUCCUCAUCAACCCAGCAGUUGGGCCAGAGGCCAUCAGUGGCUCCUCCAGGAUGAAAGGAGGCAGCGCCACGAAGAUCCUCCUGGAGGUUGUCCUGUCUGCUGCACAUGCUGCCACCUUCACAAACACACCCGUCACACACAAGGGCAUCCUGCAGCACAUGAGAGCGUACGAGAAAACUCUGGAUAAAACUUACGCUCAGACUGAGGGAAUAACUGCUCUGUUGGAGGCAGCUGGGCAGAGUUUGCUGUGCGGCAGGCGUGUGUGUUACAUGGGCUGGGGCUCGCUGGCUCUGCUGGGCCUCAUUGACGCCAGUGAGUGUAUCCCCACCUUUGGAGCAGACUACGAAGAUGUUCGAGGCUUCGUCAGUGGGGGAUACAGAGAGCUGAACAACAACGAGGGCCCCCUGAUUUCACUGGGUCCUGACUUUUGCAUAGGGCAUGAAGAUUUUUUGCAUCUAGUUCUUCCCUCUCUCAACGACCAUGACAUCGUUCUUCUUGUCUACACACACUCCGAUGACGUCAGCGAAGUGGUGGAGUUGGCACGCAGAGUGAGAGAAAAGAUGUCCAACCUCCACGCCGUUUAAGCUGUCUGGUUGUCCUGAGUCCCAAUGUGAGCAAGCUCUUCUUAAGGCCAUCUACAAAGUAGACGAGCUGACAGUGGACAUCACAUCGUGCGACAUCACCACGCACACACGCACCGCCAGAAACAGGAGCAAGGUGGUCCCUCUGGCUUUGGUCUGUUUGCUGACUGGUUGCUCUCUCGUGGAGGCAGAGUCUCGUUUGGAGCAACAGCCAAUCGUAAGGGAGGCUGUGGAGGCAUGUCUGACAUAAUUGACAUGGCAUGAUGUCAUCGUCCAGCCCCCUACACACAUAUUGAUGUGUUUAAUCAAUCUUUCCCCUCUACAGAGAGGUCAUAGGUCAGCUUUAAUGUUGGUCUCAGAUAAAUUGAUUUCUACUGUAUUCGGUGUAAUUAUGACACACAGAGUUUUCCUUUAUUGGUUCUUGCUUUGAUUAUGAGCUACUAUUUAUUAGAUGCCAAAAUGUGAACUGCACAGUUUAAAUUUAAUCACCUGAACAAGGAGGCUUUUAAAUGUAAAACCACAUAAUAACACUAAGGGGCAGAAUUGACACCUCAGCGCAAGCAAACCUAGUCGUAAUAACCUGAGAAUCUACUGUUAAUUUGUACUCUUCUUAGAACAAUGUUUUACAUUGUUUCAAAUAAGAUGUUAGAAUAUAGAAAAUCCAGGAAAAACAGCAAUAAAUGUUUUGUUUUAUUUUAUUCUCUUGAUGUAUUUAACUCCUUUCUGAUCUAUGUUUUCCAACUGAAUUCUGGACCUAAAUAUAUGAAUAUCCAUAUUUAACCAGAAAUAAAUACAGUAUAUU